AUGGCAAACGAUAAUUUUAAAUUCUCUUUACGCUCAAUUGUUGAAAAAAACAAACUCAAUGGAACAAACUUCCUUGAUUGGGAAAGGAAUAUUAGAAUCAUUCUCAGGUCUGAGGGACGUGAGGACGCCCUUGCAACCCCUAUCCCGAUGGUGAUAGAAACCUCAUCUGAUGAGGAGAAGGUAAACAUAAUUUGGUUGGAAAACGAAGUAUUGCCUGUCACUUGCUUAAUGCUUUCCGCAAUGGAACCUGAAUUGCAAAAGAGAUUUUUGAAUUCUGAUGCCUAUACCAUCAUAAGUGAACUGAAAACAUUGUUUCAAGAUCAGGCAAUGAUAGAACGAUAUGAGACUCACAAGGCUAUACUUGAUAGAAAGCUUGUGAAGGGAAAACCUAUGAGUCCUCAUGUAAUUAGUCUUACUGGACUAUUCAAGUGGAUGGAAAAUUUGGGGACCCCAUAUGACUAA